AUGAAGUUUUCCUGCCUCUCCUUCCGGCAGCCCUAUGCUGGUUUCAUCUUAAAUGGUGUCAAGACUCUUGAGACUCGUUGGCGUCCCCUGUUGAGGAGCCAUCAGAAAUGUACCAUCGCCAUCCACAUUGCUCACCGGGACUGGGAAGAUGAUGCCUGGCAGGAGGUGCUGGUAGAGAGGUUGGGAAUGACCCUGGCACAGAUUCAGACCUUACUACAGGAAGGAGAAAAAUAUGGCAGAGGCGUGAUAGCUGGACUAGUUGACAUUGGAGAGACUUUGCAGUGUCCAGAAACCUUAGCUGCCGAUGAGGUUUUAGAACUGGAAACUCAAGCUGUGCUAACCAACCUGCGGCAGAAGUACUUGACUCCAAUGUCAAAUCCCAGAUGGUUACUAGAGCCAAUACCUAGAAAAGGGGGGAAGGAUGUAUUCCAGGUAGAUAUCCCAGAGCACCUGAUCCCUCUGGGGAAGGAGUGGAGCAGUGAAUGCACUAGAGAACAGUGUCAAGAAAACAAGUAA